AUGCCUGCCCUGCCCCCUCCCCCCGGGGGCCUUCUAGCAGCCGGCCUCAGCCCUUGGCAUUUGCACACGCUGUUCGCUCAGCCCAAACCUGCAUCUGCUGCGCACAACCCCUCUGCCUUCUCCCGUCACGAGUCCCGUCUUUCCCACCAGGCCUCUGCACCCGACAAGGACAAUGCCCGCAGCGUCCACCCCGGGUCCACCUUGCUGCUUGGCCGCCGGCAGCAGGAGGCGGCCGCUUGCUCCCUCGUCCCCCAGUGCGCGCGGAGCCCCCGAGCCAUGGCCAGCCCCGCAGGCAGCCCCGAAGACCCGGGCAGGCUCCGAGGCAGGGAUGGCCGGCCGCGGCGGGAGGAGGACGAUGCCCCUCCGGAGCAGAAGAGGCUGAGGCUGGGGCUGGAGGGCGGCAGCGCGGAGACGCAGGACGGGCCGGACGCGCCGGGCGGCGAGGACAGCGGCGCCCCGGCAGGGGGCGAGGGCGGAGGUGACUGCAAGCCUGAAGCUCCAGCCCUCCUGCCCAGUGCCAAGAGAAGCUCACAGGACUCCGUAAGUAGAAGCGGUGUGGUCCAGCAGAGUGGAAACAACUUCUGCGUCUUUUCAGCCUCCUUGGUCUGA